AACAGCUCACAUGGACAGACGUUAAAAGGAAUAUUGACAAGGUGAGGAAACAGGCACACAGAGAGUGAAAGCAGAACCAGAGAAACGACUACAGGACAUCAUGAAUAUGCAGACUGCCUUUUUAUUGAUCUGUUUAUUCAAAACAAGCUUUGCACUUCCAUUGCAGAUUGGUAUUAUUGCAAGCAACAGCAAUGAGAUCCUAAGACUGAAUGGACUAACUCUUGCAACUCUUGGACAAACACAGGCGUCUUCAAUGUUUCCUCAGUAUGUACUGCAGCAGCAGCAGCCUGAUGUCCUGUUCACUCCACCGGUGGUGAACUUGAACCCUCAAGUGGCCGGUCCCUUCGGUCCCCAGGGCCCCCAGAUGUUUCUCCCCAACCAGGGCAACCAUUUUACGCCCAUGUUCAUCCCCAACGGCCAGCAAGAGCAACUUGGACCACAACUUGGACCACAACAGGACCCCAACGCUCCUGAUGUUCCUCAGCAGGCCCAAAACCCCUUUCAGAUGUUUCCACAUUUCCAGUACCCGUCCUAUGCAUUUCCUCAGCUUCCUAGACAGCAGGGCUUUCCUUACUUUGUGCCUGCUUACGGCUAUCCCCAGCAGAGGAACACUGCGGUGGUGCAGCCCAACAAUGGUCAGCAACAGCUGGAGAGAACCACACAGAGACCACAGCUCCCUCUUCAGCAGGCUUCUCAGCCUAAGGUGCAAACAGAGCGAACAUGGCCACUGGGGACACAGAAAGAGUAUCCUACAAUUCCUCCUGAUCCUCGUGGCGACGCAACUGGCCCAGGGGUUGAUGAGGGUCAGUCCAACUUCCCCUUCCUGUUUGAGCCUUAGAUAUCACCUGGGAAAUAACAACAAGGCGAUCAGUCAAACAUGAAUUUCUGAUGUUCAGCCACAUCAUUCAUUCUUCUGCAAAAUGUACUGGAGUGUGCCAUUGUUCCAAAUGCAAUUUAUUUGUACUCAAACGUUUUAUAUUAAACUGAAACUGUCUUGCUUGUUUCAGGAAUCUGCUCCUUACUCUCAGAGCAUGUCAAAUAAAGAACCUUG